AUGCCAACAAACUCCGCCGCAUUAUUUCCGAUACCAACCGGAAACACUCCGCCACAUUUUUUCCGUCACCAAACUCUGCCCUAUGUUCAACAGUCUAUGGAAUUUUUUCGUCAUGAACCAAAAACACAACCACUGAUUGUGUUUAUGUCCGAAAGUCAAGUUCCACCAUUUUCAGCUCAAGUCGGUAUUGAAAAAGAAGAAAGUCGUCCCGUUAAAAAAAAAUCUCGAGAGGUAUUUUCAAGGGAUGAAGAUAUACUUCUUAUCCAAUCAUGGCUCAAUGUUUCAAAAGAUCCAAUUGUGGGUGUUGAUCAAAAAGCUGAGAAUUUUUGUUUAAGAAUGGCUAACAAUUAUAAUGAGUAUCGUGGGAAGUCGCGGGAAAAGCUACGUGGGCAAUUAAAAUCUCGAUGGCAUCGAAUAAAUGGCUUUGUUCAAAAAUUUGUUGGGUGUUACAAAUAA